AUGGGCAUGCUGCCAGCAUGUUAUUGGCCUUGGGUUUAUCCUGAUUUUCUACCUUUCUCCACAGAAAAAUUGAAGGUGACCAUUCCCAAGGGACAUUUGGUGGCUAUAGUAGGAGGACAAGCUGAGCUUAUCUGCCAGUUGUUCCCACAACAGAGUGCAGAGCAUAUGGAGGUGCGCUGGUUCAAAGCGGACCAUUCCAAACCUAUUCAUCUAUAUAGAGGUGUCCAUGAAGCAAAUGAAGAAACUGCCCCAGAAUAUGCAGAUCGCACAGAGUUUGUAAAAGAGGUCAUUCGAGAGGGCAAAGUGACCCUCAGAAUCUACAAUAUCAGCAUUUCUGAUGAAGGAUCAUACCACUGUUCAUUUAAAGAUAAUGGCUUCAGUGAUGUGGCCAGCAUGAAUCUCAGUGUGGCAGCACUCGGCUUGGAGACCCAGAUUCAUGUUCAGGCCCCUAGCACUGAUGGGCUCACAGUGGGGUGUAACUCACAAGGGUGGUUUCCACAGCCCCAAAUGGAGUGGAGAGACAACAGGGGAGAGGUAGUUCCAUAUUCAUCAAAAUUGUCCACACAGGAUGGAGCCAGAUUAUUCCACGUGGAGAUGACUCUUCUCCUCAGAAAAAAUUCACAGAGCAAUAUCACUUGCUACAUUUGCAACCCUCUCACAGGUGAAGGAAAACAAAUAAGUAUCACCCUAGCAGAUCCCCUGUUUACUUCACACCACAUUUGGAUGACAUCUUUGAUUUCAAUUCUGUGUAUAAUGCUUCCGUUGGCUGGUGGGUACACUUGGUUUCUGCAUUUCACAAAUAAAGAGCAUACAUCUCGAUGUCGUGUGUUGAAGUCAAGUGUUGCUCAGCUCCUGUGUUACGUGUUCUGUUGUGGAGUAGUCCUUGCUGUAUAUGUGCCAUUCCGGAGCAGAGUCUCUAUUUCAGAUCCUUUGUUUCUCUUGUACAAUGUCUGGAUGAAGGAGAUCACAAUCGUGUUGGCAAUUAUGAUGGGUUUUUUCACUACACUAAUCACUGUUCUAUACUGGUCAGUAAGAGGAUAUAUGAAAAAAAGAAGACCAUACUAAACAAAAUGACAGAGUUGCAAUCAGCAAAAUAUGUACACAGAAAAUGCUACAGUACAAAUGAUCCAAGUUCUUCAGUAAAUGUGUUGCAAGAAAAUAACAUAAGAUGGAAGAAAAGCCUAUAGCUUCAGAAAGGUGUAAAACAUAUCAACCAAUCGCGAUCUGUUUGUAUGU